AUGACUUUGAUCAUGGCAUCAAUUAACUUCCCUGGCACAAACCAUGCGCUCCAGAUUGGAAACAACUACGGGACGGCGGAAUUUCACCAGUCAAAGACAGCUGAAGAUAUCGAUCGACUGUGGCUCCACGAUCUACGCUGCCCUGAUUCACUAGUUGUGAAGAAUCGGCUGAAAGAGACCAAGGACAAGCUGCUCCUUCAAUCAUUCGAAUGGGUUCUGAAGGACCCGCAGUAUCAGAGUUGGCGAACUGGAAAGGAUGUCUGUCUGCUUUGGAUCAAGGGCGGUGCUGGGAAAGGGAAGACCAUGAUGUCAAUCGGUCUUAUUGAAGAACUUUCCCGGGUACAACAUGAAUCCACUGUGGUGACUUAUUUUUUCUGUCAAAAUGCCGACAACGAGCUCAAUACCCGUGAAUCAAUCAUUAAGGGGUGGAUUCUGAGUUUGGUGAGACAGCAAGCAGACCUUAAAGAGAUUCUACGACGCCGCUGGAAUACAAAGAAGAACCGUUUCAAUGAGGAUGUUGCCUCGUGGAGAAGUCUCUGGAACAUCCUUUUAGAGAUGUUGGAUCGGUGUACCGCAUCGAAGAUGUAUAUGAUUGUGGAUGCUCUUGAUGAGUGCCAAGAUGGUGGAAUGGUCGACUUUUUGAAGCUCAUCGUCCGUAAUGGACUAGAUCACCCCGCCAAAAUCAAAUGGCUCGUGACAAGUCGACCAUUGGAUAGCGCGGAGCGGGCAUUGCUAGCGGGGUACGACCAGGUGCAAGUCAGUCUAGAGCUCAACUCAAACUACGUUUCUGAAGCUGUGAAGGCUUAUAUCACUUAUAAAGUGGAUGAGCUCAGUCGUUAUCAUGGAUAUAGGGAACCACUAAAAAGAGAAGUGGAAACUGAGCUUUCUACAAAGGCCGAAGGCACCUUUUUAUGGGUGAGCCUGGUCUGUAAGAGACUCGAGAACGUCCGCCAAGAUAAGGCAUUGACCACUAUUCAAAGUUUGCCGCCAGGACUAUAUCCUUUUUACGAUCGAAUAUUGAACCAACUAAGCGAAGGCCACCUAGAUGAUGUCUAUAAGUGUAUACGACUGCUUAAGGCGAUGAUGCUGGUAUACCGACCGUUAAAAGUGGAAGAAGUUUCGGGUGUGACUAGCAUGACUAAUAAAGAUGACGCUAUUAAGGCGCUAGUCAAUCGCUGUGCUUCAUUCCUCAAAAUGCAGGAAAACAACAUCGAGUUUGUUCAUCAGUCUGCCCGAGACUACUUGGCCACGGAGAAUGCACAGUCUAUACUUAGCUCAUAUGAGCGCUUCGGACAUUUUGAACUUGUACUAGGCUGUCUGUCUCAUUUAUCUGAAUGGCUUAAGGUCAAUCUUAUAGACCUGCCGCGACCUGACUUGGCCAGAGAAUCGUCGGAACCACUGAAAGACAAGGAAAGAUGUAUCCUACUGGCUUCUCUAGACUAUGCGGCUACCUUCUGGGUACAGCAUCUGGAGAACAUCAACCGAAGGACGAUAGUACAGAGCGAGAUUAUUGAUAAAGGCGCGGUAGGUACAUUCCUUCACAACAAAUUGUUGGAAUGGCUAGAAUGCCUUAGUUUGUUAGACAGGCUACCACGAGCCAUUGCAGCGUUAGAAGCAUUGGUAAAUAUAACGAAGGAUGACCUUCCCACAUUUGCACUCGUGCAGGAUGCGACACGUUUUUUGGUACAACACUAUCACACCCUGUCUCAUUGGCCUUUACAGAUCCACAGCUCCGCUGUUAUCUUUAGUCCUGAAUCAAGCGUCGUGAAGAGGGAAAACUUAAAAAGAAUUCCAGUCUAUCUGAGGAAUGUGCCUCUCAUGGAGGACAAUUGGGCGUCUAUCAUACGGACACUUAAAGGACACUCGGGCGGGGUCAACGCUAUAGCCUUUUUUCCAGACGACAAGCAACUUGUAUCAGGCUCUUUUGACGGAACUAUCAAGAUUUGGGAUACCGCAACGGGUGACCGUCAGAAGACACUAAAAGACUGGGUAAACAUUGUGGCCUUUUCAUCAGACGGAAAGAGAAUCGCAUCAGAAUCUCAUGACGGAACCAUCAAGCUUUGGGACACCGCCACGGGUGGCUUUCGGAAAACACUAGCAGGUCACUUGCGCAGGGUCACUACUGUAGCCUUUUCGCCAGAUGGCAAGCAAAUCGCAUUAGGUGGUUAUGACGGAUUCUAUGACGUAACCAUCAAGCUUUGGGAUACCGCAACGGGUGACCUUCAGAAGACCUUAGGAGGUCACUCGGACAGGGUCACCACCGUGGCAUUUUCACCAGACGGCAAGCAGAUUGCGUCAGGCUCUGAUGACGGAGCUAUCAAGCUCUGGGAUACCGCAACGGGUGGCCUUCGGAAGAUUCUAGCAGGCCACUCGAAGGGGGUCAACACUGUGGCCUUUUCACCAGACGGUAAGCAAAUCGCAUCAGGCUCUCAUGACAAAGUCCUUAAGCUUUGGGAUGGCGUAACGGGGGACUUUCAGAAGACUUUAGCAGGCCACUCGGACAUAGUCACUACCGUGGCAUUUUCGAUAGACGGCAAGCAAAUCGCGUCAGGCUCUCGUGACAAAACCAUAAAGCUUUGGGAUGCCGCAACGGGUGACUUUCAAAAGACCCUAGCAGGCCACUUGGACAUGGUCACCACUGUGGCCUUUUCAAUAGACGGCAAGCAGAUUGCAUCAGGUUCUCAUGAUAAAACUAUUAAGAUUUGGAAUACCGCAGCGGAUGAUUUUCAGAAGACUCUGCCAAGCCACUCGGAGAGGGUUACCACCGUGGCAUUCUCACCAGACGGCAAGCAGAUCGCAUCAGGCUCUUAUGAUGGAACCAUCAAGCUUUGGGAUGCCGCAACGGGGGGUUCACAGAAGACACUACCAGGCCACUUUCGCGGGGUCACAACUGUUGUCUUUUCGCCAGACGGCAAGCAAAUCGCCUCAGGGUCUUAUGACGGAAACAUCAAGCUUUGGGAUACCCUAACGGGGAACUUCCAGAAAACACUACCUGGCCAGUUCCGUGGGGUCACCAUUAUAGCCUUUUCGCCGGACGGCAAGCAAAUCGCAUCAGGUUCUUAUGACGGAACCAUCAGGCUUUGGAAUACUAUAACUGGUGACCUUCAGAGGACACUAAAAGGCCACUCGAAGGAGGUCAAUACAGUGGUUUUUUCACCAGACGGCAGGCAGAUCGCCUCAGGCUCUCAUGAUGAAAGAAUCAAGAUUUGGGACAUCCCCAAAUCCGUGAAAACCCCCAACCUCUUUAGGCUUCAUUCAAGUAGCCGUUUCAAACUGCGAUCAUCGAAUGAAACUAAGACACCAGGGCCGGUGCAUGACAUGAACCGGUACCUUGCAACAGUUAUUGGACCAACCACCCCUCGGCGCAUUGCCACAGACCAACAAGACGGAAGUCAACAUUCUUUACAGGGUCUCUUCAUCAGAGACCAGUGGAUAUGCUAUGGAGAAAUACCUUUUUUUCGGCUACCGUCUGAUUUUCAACCAUCAUCUCAUGACAUGCAAGGCGAUCACGUCGCUAUUGGAUUUCAAAAUGGUCAUGUUUUGAGUUUUCAUAUUGAUCGGCGUAUCCUGCAGUCAAUACUAGGAUGCGCUCCAUCAAAAAUCCAGCAGGCCACGUAG